AUGUCGGUCAGCUCGGGUCAAUCACUCCAGCUGGCCGACUACCUGGAGAAGCUGCCAGGCACGACCUUCAGGAAGCUGUACCUCCAGCCCUCGACCGCCUUUGCCAUCUUCAGGAGGAUGAUCCCCCCGCUGGGCAUCCAACCCUCCCCAGCAAAAACCAUCGUCAUGGCCAUCUUGUACAUGCCCAAGCCAAUGCUCCUCGAGGACCUCGACCUCUGGGUGAAGCCCGACUCGCGACGGCAAAAAGACCAAGCCAUCUCGACCCUGCGCUCCCUCCACAUCCUCCAAAUCACCGUCCCAUCGAAAGAACGCCCCCAGGAGAUGCAGCUCACCACAAACUUCAAAGCCUCCCUCCGCCUCGCCCUCGAGGGCGGCGGCCACCACAACUCCUUCGGCGUCCCCUCCACCCUCCCCGUCCCGCCCGAGAUCACCAUCCCCUUCCUCGACCGCUACGCCCGCCGCAAGUGGGACGACAUCCUCCACUACAUCGUCGCCACCGUCAACCCCGGCAGCGCCGACCUGAGCGGGCCUAAGUCGUCCGUUAAGAACCUGCUCGUCGCAGGCCAGCUCGUCCGCCGCCAGCAGGGCGCCGUCGGCAUCACCCAGGCCGGCUUCACCUUCCUCCUCCAGGAGGCCAACGCCCAGGUCUGGACCCUCCUCCUCCUCUGGCUCGACGCCACCGACCACGCCCAGGACUCCGCCGGCAUGGAGUCCACAGACAUGCUCUCCUUCCUCUUCCUCCUCGCCUCCCUCGAGCUCGGCCGCGCCUACGACACAAACGCCCUCACCGAGGAACGCCGCAACAUGCUCCCCUCCCUCAUGGACUUCGGCCUCAUCUACAUCCCCUCCCACAAGCCGCAGCAGUACUUCCCCACCCGCCUCGCCACGACUCUCACAAGCAGCUCCAGCGCCCUCCGCAGCGCCGGCGCAGGCUUCUCCGCCGCCCUCGCCGCCGCCUCGGGCCCGGGACCCAACGGCAGCGGGUCCCGCAACGGCGCCACCCCAGGCAGCGGCUCCGAAGAAACCCGCAGCGGCAGCAUCAUUGUCGAGACAAACUACCGCGUCUACGCCUACGGCCAAACGCCGCUCCAGAUCGCCGUGCUCUCCCUCUUCUGCAAGCUCAAGCUGCGCUUCGCAGACAUGGUCUCGGGCCGUCUCACGCGCAACUCGAUCCGCAACGCCGUCGAGCGCGGCAUCACCGCCGACCAGAUCAUCUCCUACCUCGCGUCCCACGCGCACGAGCAGAUGCACCGCUUCGCCGCCGUCCGGAGCAAGCCCGUGCUGCCGCCGACGGUCAUCGACCAGAUCCGCCUGUGGCAGCUCGAGACGGAGCGCAUGACGACCACGAGCGGGUUCCUGUUCCGCGACUUUGACAGCCCCAGGGAGUACGAGGACAUUGCGGGCUACGCGGCGGAGAUUGGCGUGUUGACGUGGCGGAACGACAAGUUGGGCAUGUUCUUUGCGAGCAAGCAUGAGCAGAUCAGGGAUUACCUAAAGUUGCGCAAGAAGGCGGAGGAUUAA